AUGAAAUUGCAAGUCCUUACCCUACUUUCCAUCACUUCAUCCUACCUUGUUGGAGUUGAAGCCCAACAACCUCAACCUCAGUGGUCUUUGAUUGAUUGCACGUGGCCAUGUGCAAAUACCGGUGAUGUAUGUGUCCUUACAAAUGAAGGUGCUCAAUGCAAAGCUAAAACUGGUCCCGAAUGGCUGAUUCCUACCACUGACAAGUCUCCUAUCUAUACUGGUGCUUACACGCAUCAACUUCUACAGCCUUGUAUCGCUGCUCCCAUUCAUAACUUGACACAUGUAGAUCAAGGCGCUGCUACAAACGCUGGUCAAUCGGUGAUACUUUUCCCAAUGCAAACUGAAACCGAUGGACCUUUGGACGAGUAUCUUGGUACCUGUGAUGAAGGCAUGUAUUGCUCUGCUACCGGUGAUGACAAAGCAAAUCCUGUAUGUCGUAUUAGACUACAGCCUGGUUCUACUUGUGCCUCAUCCAAUCAAUGUUAUAGCCGUAAUUGCGAGAAUGGCGUCUGUGUAAAGAAGGUAGAGAAGAGAUCAUCCCAUCAUCGCCAACGUCGCCAUCAUCACUAG